AUGGAUGAAGCAAAUCCCUUACACCAUGAUGAAAAUUUGCAUUUUGAAAAGACUAUUGAAUUAUAUGUAGUGCCUAAGCCUAGGGCAGAAUGCACCAAGGGUGAACAAUUGGUUGUGACAUUUGGAGCUGGUUACAUUGCUGGUGUAUUCUGUGCUAUUGUUUCCCAUCCAGCUGACACGUUAGUGUCUAAAUUGAAUCAAGCUAAGGGUGCCUCUGCUGGAGAUAUUGUUAAGAAAUUGAUUCAUGGGAUUAUGGCAAGGAUUGGGACCCAGGAUUGUAAUGGUAGGAACAUUGACGGCCGCUCAAUGGUUUAUCUAUGA